AUGCGCGGCAAGAAUGCGGAUGUCCUCGUCCGAUCGCCGCAGCAAAGGGAGCGGAUCACGGCGCUUCUCGCGUCGCUCAGGGCGUGCGCGCAGUCCAGGGAUCUCAAGAGCGGCCAGCGAAUCCACAAGCAGGCGGUCGAGAAUGGGGACGACGCCGAUGCCUUCGUCGGCAGCGCCCUGGUAGGCAUGUAUUCCAAAUGCGGCAGCAUGGAGCUCGCGCGAGCAGCAUUCGACGGUAUGAAGCAUCGGGACGUCGUGUCGUGGACCUCUCUCAUCUCCGGCUAUGCCGAAAACGGCCAGGGCGAGGCUGCGUUGCACGUUUUUGGAGAGAUGAUGGUGGCUCCGGCCAGAUGUGAGCCGGAUCGUCCCACUUUCUUGGCGGCACUGAAGGCCUGCUCCAAUCUGGCUACCAAGGAAGAACAAGGUCAGCUCAAAGUUCAUGGAAAAUUCGUGAGGAUGAAAUGCCUGAACGAGUGUAUGUCUUUACAUUCCCAGGCUGCCAAGCUCGGCUUGGAUCGCUCCGACGUCUUCGUGGGCAGCAACUUGGUGGAUUUGUACGCCAAGUGUGGGAGUUUGGAGGACUCGCGCAGGGUUUUCGACAGGAUGAAAGCGCAUAGCGUGGUUGCUUGGACCUCACUCGUGCUCGGCUACUGCGAGAAUGGACGACCAGAGAUCGCUCUGGAUUUGUUCUCGUACAUGGGAGGAUUGGAACCGGAUGCUCCAACUUUCGUGGCUGCUCUGAACGCGUGCACGAGUCUGGCGAGCAAUGAGCAGGGCCGGGCAGUGGACGGGAAGGUGGUGAAGCCGAAGGCCUUGGAAACCGGAAGAGCUCUGCAUGCUCGAGCGGCGAGAAAUGGCUGUGAGUUACACAGGGUUGUCGCUGGAGCGUUGGUGGACUUGUAUGCGAAAUGUGGGAGCCUUGAGGAUGCCAUCGACGUGUUCGAAAGAACUCCAAACCGCAGCGUCGUCUCGCUUACAGCUCUCAUGCUCGGACUCGUAGAGAACGGACAGCCCGAGGUGGCCUUGAAGAUCUUUUCCCGGACGCUGUCACAGAAGAGCUUUGUACUCGACACCAGAGCUUUCGUCGCUGCUCUCAAGGCCUGUGGAAGCAUGGCAGCGAAGGAAGAAGGCCGGAGAAUCGACGGAAAGCUUGUCAAAGUUGAGGCCUUGGAAAGGGGGAGUAUUUUACACUCUCAAGCAGCAAACCGUAGCUGGGAUUCGGACUUGUUUCUGGCCAGUACGCUAGUCGACAUGUACGCGAAGUGCAGGAGCUUGACUUGUGCUCAAAGAGUUUUCGACGGAAUGGUUCGUCACGAUGUCGUUUCCUGGACGGCUUUGCUUCUGGGCUACGCUGAAAAUGGUGGCGAAGAGCUGGCUUUGGAGCUUUUCACGUCAAUGAAGGCCAAGAGGUACACUCCAGACGCUCGGACUUUUGUCGCUGUUCUUACUGCUUGCUCCGGACUGGCAGAGAAGGAAGCAGGCACCCAGACGCAGGAUGGGAGCAUUUUGAAAGUUGAGGCUCUGAGAAAAGGCUUGGAGCUGGAGUCCGAGGCUGAAGAACUGGGCUGCUUUGAUGGUGGGGACGUUUUUCUCGCAAGUACUCUUAUCGCUCUAUACGCAAAAUGCGGAAGCCUGGAAAAUGCGAGACGAGUUUUCGACAAGAUUCGUCGACACGACGUGGUGUCAUGGACAGCUUUGAUGCUCGGCUACGUCGACAAGGAUGAUCCAGACUCGGCUUUCAGCAUUUUCACUCGGAUGAAAGACGAAGGCUUUGAGCCGGACUGUCGGAGCUACGUGGCGGCAUUGAAAGCUUGCAUCACUCUUGCUGCCAAAGAAGAUGGUAAGGGUGGGAAGAUGGAAGCGCUGAAGAGAGGAAAUGACCUCCACUCGCAAGCCGCACAGCGUGGUCUCGACUUGGACAAGUUCGUGGCCAGCAAGAUCGUGGAGAUGUACUCCAGGUGUGGAAGCAUGGGCGACGCACGCAAGUUCUUCGAUGCUAUCCCGUCCCCGAGCUACGAGGUGCGCACCGAGCUGACGCUGGGAUACUUUGAGAACAACGAGGACGAGCUCGGUGUAGAGAUGUUCCAGAGGCUGAUGAGAACUCAAAGCUACCACUGCGCUCACGACUCUCGGCUCUUCCUCGCGGCUUUGAAGAGCUGUGGACGCUCAGCUUCUCUCGAAACUCUCCGGAGAGUCCACUCCGAGAUCUUGAGAGCAGGAGCCACCGACGACGACGACGACGCCGUCUCAAACUCCAUGAUCGACGUCUACGGCAAAUGCAGCAGCGCCAGAGACGCUCAGCUCGUCUUCGACAGCGCUGGAAAGCCCGGCUCCAUCGGCUGGACCUCGCUCAUCUCGGGAUACAGCAGGGUCGGAGACAUCGCCAGAGUUUUGGAGCUCUUCCGCGGGAUGCAAGACGAAGGCGUCCGGCCAGACGACGUCGCGCUUACGUGCGUCCUCAGCGCUUUCAGCCACGCCGGGCUCGUCGGUCGCGGCAGGAAGCUCCUGGCGGAGAUGGAGGCCAGGUAUGGGAUCAAGCCGGCGAUGGAGCACUACGUUUGCGUGGUGGAUCUCCUGGGCCGAGCAAACCAGCUAGAGGAAGCGCUGGCGAUGGUGGAAGGAUUGCCUGGCGAAGCUAGCGCGCUGGUGUGGAGGACGCUGCUUGGGGCGUGUCACAAGUGGAAGGACGCGCGAGUGGGACGAGUGGCCUUUGAAGCGCUCGUGAAGAUAGACAGGGACGACGCCGCGGCCUACGUUCUCAUGACGAACAUGCUUAGGUGGCAAGAGGAGACGAAGACACGUGUACCCUAA